ACAUACCGGUCGGUGACGAUAAACUCAAAAGUUCGAGUUCGAAACCCAUUAGCCUAAUUUUCACAGCAAACCCCCUCGACCUUCUUAAAAUUAUAUUUUCUCCCGCCACGCUGAGAUCGAGGUCCAGAUCGCUGAUCGCCAUUACUGACUCAUGGAGCUCUCCGUCGUCAACCUUGCCCCCUACCUCGCGAUCCGCGAUCAAGGUGGAUGCCGGAGGGAAGAGGAGAAGGAGCAGAUGGCGGCACUGUGCGCCGCCGUGAGCAGGAGUUUGCGGGAAACCGGGGCGCUUUUGGUGAAGGAUCCUCGAUGCUCGGCUGAGGACAACGAUCGCUUCAUUGACAUGAUGGAAAGGUAUUUUGAGUGCCCUGAUUCUUUCAAACGCCUCCAAGAGCGGCCUCAUCUCCAUUAUCAGGUUGGUGUGACACCUGAAGGUGUGGAGGUACCACGCAGUCUAGUGGAUGAGGAUAUGAAAGAAAAACUAUCGAAGAUGCCGGAAGUGUUUCAGCCGUCAACCCCUGAAGGGCCUGAUCCCAAAUGGCGAUACAUGUGGAGAGUUGGCCCCCGUCCAUCAAAUACUCGCUUUCAGGAAUUAAAUUCUGAGCCUGUAAUUCCAGAAGGAUUCCCUGAUUGGCAGGAGACAAUGGACUUGUGGGGGCUUAAAAUGAUAUCUGCAAUUGAGGUUGUUGCUGAAAUGGCUGCUACCGGCUUUGGCUUGCCUAAGGAUGCUUUCACCUCUUUGAUGAAGCAGGGACCUCACCUUCUUGCUCCAACUGGAAGUGAUCUUAAACGUCAUGGUGUUGAGGGUAAAGUUUUUGCAGGUUAUCACUAUGACCUCAAUUUCUUAACAAUCCAUGGUCGGAGCCGAUUCCCCGGCCUAAACAUCUGGUUAAGGAAUGGCCAAAAGGUCCCAGUUAAAGUCCCAGUUGGUUGUCUUCUCAUCCAAACAGGAAAACAGAUAGAAUGGCUGACCGGGGGAGAAUGUUUAGCUGGAAUGCAUGAAGUUGUGGUAAAUAACCGAACACUAGACGCUAUUGAACGAGCUCGUCAGCAAAACCGCAGCUUAUGGAGAGUUUCAUCAACGCUUUUUGCUCACAUUGCAUCAGAUGCAACAUUGAAACCAUUAGGCCAUUUUGCUGAAUCACCCCUGGCGGUUAAUUAUCCAACCAUGUUAGCUGGAGAGUUCGUUGAACAAGAACUCUCUGUUAUCAAUCUCAAGGGCAAGACAUCCUCUUCAUAGAUUCAGAUUUAUUUUUUUUUUUUUCAUCAUCUUCUUCUUCUUCUUUCAAGCAUAAUCAACUUUCAGAAAUUUAUUUAUUUGAAACUUUCCUUGUUGGAUUUAAUCAAUUUAUCGCUUAUCAUAUUGAUAGUAUAAGAAUCCAGCACCAAAAUGAGUUUUUUUCCCCCCAAAGACUCAACUAGAGAUAUCAUAGUUUCAAGAAAGCACUUUUAACAUGGAUUAACUAAAAGAAAA